GGAAAAGGAGCUGACGAAAAUAAGGGACAUAAAACCAUAUGCUUGCCGAUAAUCCAUACUACAGCAUGAUUGUACUUUACCUUCUACUCACUACAUCCUUCAAUAUCCUUGACGUGAGAGCAACAUCGUUUGUUGUCGGAGAUGGUGAUGGCUGGAAUCUCUUCACCAAUUUCACCAACUGGACUGAGGGUAAAUUAUUUCAUGUUGGUGACAUCCUCGUGUUCAAUUACGAAAAAGGCUCACACAAUGUAAUGCAAGUCAACUCAACUGCAUAUACAAGUUGUAUAAAAGAUGCAUACAUAAGCCUGUCCAAUAGUGGAAAUGACUCAUUAGUCUUAUCAGAGCCGGGAGAAAUUCAGUAUAUCUGCGGAGUGGGGGAUCACUGUGAAAAUGGUCAGAAGCUCACCAUUAAUGUAGUUCCUUGGAUGGUCUCAUAGUAUGGAAUACUGACACCUAUGGUCUCAACUACAAGAAUAAUGUCUAAUUACAUAGGUCAUCACCUUCUAAUGACGAACUAUAAGAAGUUGCCUUUUCUCUUUUCCAAUAAAAGGAAGUUCGUUUUAUGGUAUAAGGUAAUGUGGCAGUUGAUGAAUUCCAAAGACAUCUUCAAAUUCUAGAGAUAGAAUAAAAGGUACUUAUUCAUGAAAAAUGACAAAAUUUCCCAUUCGUUUGAACUUGGUAAUCAUUACCAAAUUAUCGAACAUAUAUUUAUGUGCACGUGCACACAUUUAUCUACAAAUGCAUCUUUAGUAAUUGUAUUAUGUUAAGGUCCUGCCUUUGGCAUCUAAUCAUGAAAUGAGACACAUUAGAGAGAAACCCACAAGUAUCCAUAUUUAAGGUAAUCUAAGUUUUUAAAAUAACUAUUCUCCAAUUAUUGCAUAACUGAAUGAACACAGAAAUAUGGAAGAAUCAGUUGGCUUCUUCCUGAAAUGGAAAAUUUAAUCACCAUGGUUUUCAACUGAAAUUUGGGUCAAGAUUAAUAGGGAAGAGCCAGCUACUUCUUCCUAAAACCUACAUUUUAGCUUAAGUAAUAAUUAUGACUUUAUUUAUUCUCAAAAAAUAUAUGAUUUUAGGCUUUCUUACUUAGUCUAAUCAUUAAAUAAUUGAAAAAUAGAAAAAAUCCAAAAUGAAAGACAUCUAAACAAAGACAGUAAAAGAGUUCCACCCAACUUUCUUUGUCGUUCGCUAUUCUCUGUGCAUGUGAGUCCCUUUUCAGUCUCUUCAGCUUUGUAAGACUUUCUGUUUUCUUUUAUUAUCAACUAGAUCAUGAUACACCUCCUUCAUAAGGUACUUGUCCUCAAGCACCAAAUAUAAUAAACGAAUUCAGAAGUAAACAACCUCCCAAAAGAAAAAAAAUUCCAGGUGACAGAAAAUAAGAAGUCUGGAGGUCGUCCUUGUUCUGCGUACAGACGUAGAAUUCUGUAAUUUUAUAACUCCCAAUGCAAAAGUCUUCAAUCAAUCUAGAAGAAAAUUUGUUUCUCUUU